CGUUCUUAAAGGCAACUGAAUUACUCUUACUCAGAUCUCAACAGUAACUAAGUUAAAUCCAAUAUCUGAAACAAAUAUUUAGCCAUCAUAUACUAUGUGCCAAGUGCUACACUUGGCGCUGAAGUUACAAAGAUAAAUGUGAAUGAUCUUGGUAUUUUUCCUUACUUUGAGAGCUGAACAUUUAAACUACCCACUGCCUUUGAACAUUUAAACUACUUAGAUGUAAAUAUGGUAUGGGGUAAGAAGGAGAAACAGGGAAGAGAAUUUAAAAUUCUGAGGAUCAAAUUAUACAGCAUUUGGGACACAUUUCUUAUGAGACUUACAUUUGGAGAGCUCUGUUGGCUGGCCAGGUGUGACAGGAACUCGUGAGUUUAUCCUUCCUUUAAGCUAAGGAUCCCAGAGUGUUGGUGUUUGUCCAGGCUGUCCAGAAAUACAGUUUCCAUCUGUUUUCUCAGUCAACCUACUGGCAGUGCCCAAAUAUAGGAAGCAGCCACUCUGCCACCACUACCCCAGAUUCAGGCUCUGCAAAUGUCUCUCCUUAAAAUGUUGAAUCCACAGCAACACCUUAAAUCCGGAAAGCAAGGUGAUUAGGUUCUAACUCACUCAUCUGAAUAUGCAUGGCAAUCCGUGGGGGUUCUGUUAAAAUGCAGAUUCGGAUGCUGGAAAUCUGGGAGGGUGUCUGAGAUUCUUCCCUUCUAAUAAGAUUCCUGGAGGAUGAUAGUGAUUGGAGGGCCACAGUGGCAAACACUUAGAGGACUGUGGAAGGCUGAAGGCGGAAGAAGGAGAAUACACUUCACCUUCCCUUCACUAAACCCUGACGAUAGUAAAAAAUUCAUAGGGUCCUGUAGUUACGCGAUGCUAAGGCAUUCGGGUGUUUUCAGGAUUAGCUGUCUCAAAUAAUUUACGAGAAUUAAAAAUAUCAUGACAUCAAGGACUCUUGCUUACAAAACGUGUUGCAAGCCAGAGGUCAGGUGUCUCUCAGUGCAAAAGGAGGAAGACAAAAAGCCUGAGGUACAAGCGAUUUGGGGUGAUCAGCCCUCUUCCCUGUUUUGCUUAAGGCAGACACUGCCAUUUCCCAAUUGUCUUCUGAAGCUGCAGUGACAGUCAAUCUCUGAUCUUAAACAAGGGGACCCGGUGAACCUUCACCUGGGAAGUCUAGGAUUCUUUCGGGCUCGGUUAUUAGGGUCAGACAACGGAGAUAUUCUUCAGGGAGAAAAAGAACGGGCUGAGUCCUGUAAAUAAACCUAGGUAAGGAUGUCGGCCAGUUUGGCCACCACUUAAAGCUGCUUCUCAGGUAUGACCAGGGCCAGUGGUGCCACCGACGGCACAGCAGGUCCACUAUGUGGCACGAGCUUCACGAUCUAGCGCGGACUCGGACUUGACCAUCCAUUGGUCAGAGAGGUUGUGAAACCUUCCCAAGAUCACACAGCCUAAGGCAAAUGGAGGAUGUGAACGAACACUGUCCGAUGCCAUACUCAAACCAUAGCAACAACCGCGCAGCGAGAAACUAAACGUAGCCCUUGACAACCUGCAGGCAGCGUUGAUCCCGCCCAGCUGGGCCUUUGGACCGCCCCGCAGGGCACGGGGGCAGAGACGGAGAGGAACUGCUUCCGGGAGACCGACCCGAGGCGGGACAAGCACUUCCUGUGCACAAAUGAGUCAUUCAGGGCAGCUGGCUCACACCUAAGGGCCGGCACGGAGGCCGCAUUGAAAGGCUUCCGGAGACGAGAGAGCGCCCCUAGAUAUCGCCUAAUAGCACGACAUGAGAAAACUUUGUCCCUUGCCCACAGCCGAAAUUCCGGCUUCGAGCGGCCGAGCGGGCGCCGCCAUCUUUAGCCCAUUUCGCAGGUAGAAUGAAGCCCAUCAAUUUAUCCUUCGCAGCGUGUGGGUUUCUGGGCAUCUACCACUUGGGGGCAGCAUCGGCCCUUUGCACACACGGCAGAAAGCUCCUGAAGGAUGUCAAGGUCUUUGCAGGGGCUUCUGCGGGAUCCUUGGUUGCCACUGUCCUGCUAACAGCGCCAGGAAAAAUAGAGGAAUGUAACGAAUUCACCUACAAGUUUGCGGAAGAAACCCGAAGGCAGCCUUUCGGGGCAGCGACACCCGGUUAUGACUUUAUGGCCCGCCUGAGAAGUGGAAUGGAGUCGAUUCUUCCUCACAACGCCCACGAGCUGGCCCAGAAUCGACUCCAUGUAUCCAUCACCAACACCAAGACCAGGGAAAAUUACUUAGUCUCCCAUUUUUCCUCCAGAGAAGACCUCAUUAAGGUUCUCUUAGCCAGCAGCUUCGUGCCGGUGUAUGCAGGCCUAAGACCGGUGGAAUACAAAGGCCAGAUGUGGGUUGAUGGCGGCUUCACCAAUAGCCUCCCCAUCCUGCCUGUGGGCCGGACAGUGACCAUCUCGCCCUUUAGUGGACGCUUGGACAUCUCGCCGCAGGACGAAGGGCAGCUCGAUCUGUACAUCACGGUCUCCAAACAGGACAUAAUGUGAGUUGUCACGGGUAUCUCGCUGUCAUACUCCACAUCCGACUGCUUCUCACCAUCUCUGCUCACACAAGCUGCCGACGAGUUGACUCCAGCUCCUGGCGACCGCACGUGUUAGAGAGCAGAACUGAGCUCCAUUGGGUUUUCUCGGCUGUCAUCUUGACAGAAGUGGAUUGCCAGGCCUUUUUUCCACAGUGCCACUGGCAGGUGGGUUCAAAUCGCCAACCGUUUGGUUAGCAACCAAACACAAGCCCUUUACACCACCGAUUAUACCAGUCUUGUCUCAGCGAUCCUGACCAGCCUCUUGUAUCGUUCUCCUGCUUCUCCGACAGUGGCUGUUCCCCACACACUCCAGUCAUUUCCCACACAGCACCCAGAAUGAGCCUAUGCGAUUGCAAAGCAGCUCAUUCUUCUGGGGUGGCCUGGGUU